UGGCGGCCAUGGUUUACGAAGAAAAGCGGCAAGCCGCCCAGAAGGAAUGCCAAAGCCAGAAGCAGCAAAAAUACGAGGUGGCCGCGAUACAAAGCGCAAACGAGGAGCAAAGCGUAGCCGAGCGUACGGUUGAAAUGAAAAAGCACCACGAUUGGGCAUCGUCAGCAAGUAUUGCCGUGUACUCAAUUGCAGGCAGGUGCACUCGAUUACCCUUGCUAGUGGUGUUGUUCUGCUACUGGUAUGUCUCGUACAAGGGAUGCGCUUCGAUGGAGAUAAAGAUGGACACCGCCAACCUGGUCCCCAAAGACUCACGCCUCAUCGGCAUCAAGUACAUCUACGAGCAGUUUGUGUGGCGCGAUAGAAGCACCCUCUACGUCAACAGCAACCAAACGUUCUACAACUUGCUCAACAGCUGGAUGCAGGACCCGGAGAAUGGAGGAUCACGCUGGAACGACAUGGUGCGUCUGCGAAGACAGGGACAAGACGUCGUCGGUGUUCAGAAGUUCAUGUUCGCCACCGGGUACAGCCUGGGCGAGCUGGCCGGCUGGGGAGCACGCUCCCAAAUCCAGGCCGUCUGGCGGAACGUCGUGAAGGAGUACGCUGCCUACAACGUCACCAUAUUCCAGCCCUAUUCUUUCUACGUCGACCAGCUCGAUUCGAUCGCCGGAAACACGGCUUCGACGGUGAUUGUGGCCGCGUUGACGAUGGACCUGGCUUGCUUCUUGAUGAUUCCGUCGAUGAGCAGCAUCUUGUCGAGCACCGUCGCCAUGAUCUCCAUCAACAUCGGCGUGUUCGGCCUGCUGUCGAUGUGGGGCGUCAACCUGGACCCGAUCUCGAUGUGCACCACCUUAAUGUCAAUCGGGUUCUCCGUCGAUUUCACAGCCCACAUCAGCUACCACUACUAUCGUAACCCGAUCUCUUGGACUACCGAUGAGCGGCUGACGGAUGCUUUAAGGAAUAUCGGAUGGCCAAUGUUGCAAGCCGGUUUUUCGACGAUCCUCUGCGUUUCCCCGCUGCUGAUCGUCGAUUCCUACAUGAUUCUCGUCUUCUGGAAGACCAUCUUCCUGGUGACAGCUCUCGGUCUGGCACACGGCAUCAUUUUCCUCCCGGCAUUGCUGCUUACGGUGGGUCGUGCUCAACAGCAGCCGAGCAAGAAGAUCUCGGAGGCUGGAGCCAGCGAUAAAACAAUUUCCGAUCAAAAAGCGCCGAUCGAAUUCGCGCAAAUCACGCAGGUUGAGGAGCAGCCAAAGAAAAUCGAUGAAACCCCACGGCCAACGCGGAAUAGCGGA